GCCGCGGCGGUCACGUGACAGGCAGCGCCGACCGCGGGGUCUCUGGCCUGCAGGAGCCGAAGCGGCGCGGGCUUCUCGGGUUCGUGGGAGCCGCCGGCCCCGCCGCGCCUCGACCCCCGGCUUCCCGCGCGUUCGCUUGGUCCCCGCCUCCCGAGUUGAGGCGACUGCGGGGUGCCGGUCGCCAACCGCCGGCCGCCUCGGGAGCUUCGCGCGCCCUCGGCUCCCUCACGCACCGGCCUCCCCCGGCCCCGCGCCCAUGGCAGCCCCCGGCGGUGCUCGGAGGCGGCCGCUGCUGUGGCUGCUGCUCGCAGGCCUUGUGCAUGGUGCAUCUUCAGUGUUCAUUGUGGAAAAUGGCAAUGGGACAGCUUGCAUAAUGGCCAAUUUCUCAGCUUCCUUCUUAACGAGCUAUGAUACUAAGAGUGGUUCUGAGAAUGUGACCUUUGACCUGCCGUCUAAUGCGAAAGUACUAAAUACCAGCUCAUGUGGUAAAGAGAAUACUUCUGACCCCAGUCUAAUGAUUACUUUUGGAAGAGGACACACAUUAACACUAAAUUUCACAAGGAAUACAACGCGUUACGGUGUCCGAACGCUAAGUUUUGUUUAUAAUUUGUCUGACACGGAUACUUUCCCCAAUGCAAGCUCCAAGGGAAUCAAGACUGUGGAAUCCACAACUGACAUCAAGGCAGACAUAGAUAAAAAAUACAGGUGUGUGAGCAGCAGCCAGAUACACGUGAAUAACGUAACUAUCACACUCCGUGAUGCAACCAUCCAGGCAUACCUUUCAAAUAAUAACUUCAGCAAGGGAGAGACACACUGUAAGCAGGAUGAAACUUCCCCGACAACAGCACCUCCGAGUCCAAAGCCUACACCUCCUUCGCCUUCUCCAGUGCCAGAAAAUCCGUCUGUGUCUCAGUACAAUGUGAGUGGCAGUAAUGGAACUUGUCUGCUUGCCAACAUGGGGAUACAGCUGAACAUCACCUAUGAGAAAAAGGAUAACACGACUGUGACAAGAAUAUUCAACAUCAACCCAAAUGGUACCAAAGUCAGUGGAAGUUGUACCUCUCAUUUAGUGACUCUGGAACUCCGAAGUGAAGUUAUAACUCUGCUUGCUUUCACUUUUGGAAUGAAUGCAAGUUCUAGCCGGUUUUUCCUACAAGAAAUCCAGUUAAAUACAACUUUUCCUGAUGCCAAAGACCCCUCUUUUAAAGCCAUCAAUGACUCACUGAGAGCACUUCAAGCCACGGUUGGGAAUUCUUACAAGUGUAACGCUGAGGAAAGCAUUCAAGUCACAAAGGCAUUUUCAGUCAACAUAUUCCAAGUAUGGGUCCAGGCUUUCAAGGUUGAAGGCGACAAGUUUGGAACCGUGGAAGAAUGUCAGCUGGAUGAGAACAACAUGCUGAUUCCCAUCGCUGUAGGCGGUGCUCUUGCAGGACUUGUCCUCGUUGUCCUGAUCGCUUAUCUCAUUGGCAGGAAGAGAAGCCAUGCUGGGUAUCAGACGAUUUAGCGUUCACACUUGCCCUCCACCGCCACCAUAGAUCAGCAGCGGUUGCAAGAGACCUGUACUCAUUUUCCCUGAGCUUAAAUUGGUAUUGAAAGGGAGGCAUACUUUCUUGCAAACUGUUUUCCAAGUCUGCUUUAUCAAAUGUAAAGUUCAUCUUGCAACAUUUACUAUGCACAAAAGAGUAACUAUUGAAAUGACGGUGUUAAUUUUGCUAACUUGGUUAAAUAUUUCGCUAACUGGUUAAAUAUUAAUAUUUACCAAAGUAGAACUCUAAGAUAAAGGUCAGAAUGGUUUUCCAAAUUGAUACUGGCUCCACUGUCAUUUAACUGUCUAAGAUUCUGGUGUUUGGUUUCCUCAUUCUUUAUUGUAUUCAGAUUUAAGCCUUACAAAGGGAAAAUCUUUGGUCUUAACACUUACAGCUGAUGAAGGUUAGUUAAUUGUUAGACUGACAUGUUUAAGAAGUUUAAAAUAGUAGAGAAAGAAAAACUUGAACAAGGACUCCAAAAGAUGAGAAUAAGAAAUGCUUAAAUAAAGCUUUAAAAACGAGGACAAGCUUGGCCUGUUUCGGGGUGAACAGUCCAACGUUCAAGGAUUACAAAGUUAAUUGGGCGUAUCCUUUGGUAUUUUUCAUGCUCUCACGAGUAAGAGCUGGUACUUUUUUAAAUAUAAAAUGGGUGUUAUUUUUAUUUACUUUUUUGUAAAGUGAUUUUCAGUCUUCUGUUUGAAGUUCAGGGUGAUCCUAUCUCUGCACUUGUGUACAAUGUAGAUUUCACUCUACUGAUUUAUCCGCUUACAGCUUGGUUGGGGUUGUACACUUUAAGGAUCAGUCCAUAUGUAAUGCAUUGCCUGUAACAAUGCUAAUAAAAAUUCUGUUUCUUUGUU